UGUAACCACGCCUCCAGCACGCUCAUGUGUCUCACUGUCUCCUAAAGAAACGUGUGUUUUGACGCAGAAACCGAGCCCAGGUUCUGUGCUUCACUCGGGUCUUAAGAAGCGUGAAAUCAAGAGUUAUGGAAAACUGAGCCUUCCUUAAUCCAGCGCGGUGCGUGUCAACUCUAUAUGUAACUCCAGCCACUCUUCCUGCGUUCAAACUACUUGGGUAAAAAAGAGAGGAGGAGCCGCUAAAAUCAACUUCAGUUCACAUCUUAUCAUAAGAAACCAGCGCCCUGCUGCUGCUACACAGCUGCUCCUGUGAGACGAAGUUGACCGAUCCAGCCGAAUUUGCCAACUAACGGCGGCGCGAUGGGGGAUUUGAUCUCAACUCAUCUGGAUGAAGGCAAACGGGAGGUUAUAACAGCACGGACAGGGGAGCUGAUGGGAGAGUUUGGUCGGCUUUAUGAACAACAGUAUGCAGUUGCUCUCUUUAACAAGAUGCGCUAUGACAUUGAGGGAGGAGGGGGUCCUCAGAAUCAGCUCCUGCACAGGAAGGUGCCUCUGAAGAAUAAGUCCAUCUUUUCAGGGGCUUUGUUCCAGUAUCUAGAAGAGAACAAAAAAUGGAGGAAUCGUUUUCUCUUUAUUCCUGACUCCUACAACAUCAACUAUUAUGAAAACAAACAGGCACAUGACAGAGGCCUGCAUCCUAAAGGCACUAUUAACUGUGCUGGCUACAGGGUCCUGACAUCGAUGGAGGAAUAUCUCGAGCUCCUUAACACCAGUCUACCAGGUGUAAAAGCUAAAGUUGGCAGUUCUCCAUUCCUGAAAUGUGCGACACAGUUUCCGCUCAUUCUCUGGCAUCCUUAUGCUCGUCACUACUAUUUCUGCGUGGUGACUGAAAAGGAGCAGCAAAAGUGGAACGCUGUCUUUCAAGACUGCGUCAGGCACACCAACAAUGGAUUGCCCGAGGAAUGUAAAGUUCAGACCCCAGCAUUCACAGAUGCAGUGCGACUCUAUCGACAGGCUCAUGGUCACUAUGGAACCUGGGACAUGAUGUGUGGGACGCCUUCACAGAUCCUCGCCAACCUUGUCAUGGAGACCCUCCUCCCUGAGAUGAGAGACCUCAUUACCCCUAAACUCAAGGGCAAGAUGCAUGAGAGACAGAGGAAUUGGAUGCUGAUAUCAGAUGCAGUGUACGGCUUGGUUCAGAGCCAGACCCAGGCGCAGUAUGAAGCAGUAGUGCAGAGCUGUGAAGCAGGUCGCCCCCCACUGGAAAGCACUAUUCGUACAGACAUGGACCAGAUCAUCACUUCCAAAGAACAUGUGACCAGCAAAAUAAGAGCACUUGUGCUGCCCAAGGCAGAGAAGCUUCUGAAGGUGAGUAUCCAGCCGUACAUCAGCUCAAUCCUGGAAGCGCUGAUGGAGCCCACCAGCAGAGGCUUCUUUGAGGUGCGAGACUUGUUCUUCAGAGAGUUGGUAGACAUGAGCAAGAACCUCCUCAAUGAUGGCAACAAGGAAAAACUCGGGGAGCACAUGGAGAAGAUCUCCAUGCUAGCCUUCCAUCCUGUAAAGAUGCAGAGCUGCUACGAAAAGGUGGAGACUCUGAGUUUAGAGGGACUUCAGCAGCGGUUCGAUGUUUCCAGCCCCUCCGUGUUUGUCCAGAGAGCCCAAAUUCUAAUGCGAGAGCAAAUGGAUGAUGCGGUAUACACAUUUGAGCAGCUCUUGCACCAGAGUUUGGAGGGCCAGGAAGGGGAGGAUCUCUGUAAAACCAUCCAGCGCUGCCAGGAUCGUGUCAUCAAGAAAUUUGACUACGACAGCAGCACGGUUCGUAAGAAGUUCUUCAGGGAGGCUCUUCUGCAGAUAUUCAUCCCAUACAUGCUGAAACAGCUCUCCCCAUCAUGCUCUGCUGAACUCCCUCGUUUCCAGGAGCUCAUUUUUGAGGAUUUCUCUCGUUUCAUUCUGGUGGAAAACAUAUUUGAGGAAGUGGUGCUGCACACAGUCAUGAAAGAUAUAAUGAUGGCUGUGAAGGAAGCAGCCGUUCAGAGGAGACACAACCUAUACCGAGACAGCAUUGUUUUGACCAACAGUGACCCUAACCUUCACCUGCUGGGGGAGAAUCCUCCCAUCGACUGGGCUGAGGAGUAUGGAGGAGGCCAAGAGGAGGUGGAAGGAGAGAACGCAGGAGAUCCGGAGGUUCAGAAAAGGCGCAGGAUGAAGCAGGUGGUCUCCAUGAUCCAGAUAGAAGGCGAUACCUCUGGGCUGCCCAAUGAAUCAUGCCUGGAAGUGCCCGCUGUAGGCAGUAUUCCAGAAGAGGAGCCGGAGGUUCGCUCAGACACCUCAUUAUCCCAAAAGUCAGAGAAGCAAGUGCCCAACGGAACCAAAGAGGAUAUGAACAAAAAUGCGGUCGAUGCGAAACCACCAACAAACGGAAGUGCAGUUAAAGAGGAAGAAAGCACAACAGAAAAGUCACUGCAGGGCACAGAGAGCAAGUCGGCCAUAGACUGUGCCAUACAGGAAAUUGACAAUGCAGUACAGGAAAAGGAACACGAACUCAGGACACAGAAAACUGCAGAGUCAUCAUCCUCAAAAGGGGAAACUGCAGCCGGGGAGGUAGAACCCACCUUAAAUUGUGAACCAAUAAACCAGGCAGACACAAAGAAAGAUACACCUUUAAGCACAGAGGAGAAGCCUUUGGAUUUGCCGGUAAGGGAAGUAGAAGCAGUGCCACCAUCAGACCAACAGGAAAAUCACAUCACGGCGAGCACUCAAGAUUCCCAUGUGGAGACAUCCAGCUCUCCAUCACAGCAUGACGACAGCGGAAUCCAGUCCCCCGUUAAUGAAGCAGCAGAGGAGGAGCAUCAGACGGAAAAGGAGGAAUGCAAUGACUCAGAAACAGGAGAGGACACUGGGAAGGAAGAAAGUGAACAUAUGGAUCACCAGUGAAAUAUCUCAUGAACUCUGUUCAUUUAUUGUGUUUAUGCCUGUAAACAGUGAGUAAAUGCAUCACCCACUGCUCUAAAAUGACUUUUGAUUGAGUGACAGGAGCUUUUUUGUGGCGUUUUUGCCUGUAGAACACUUUUGUUUCACUACUCUGACUGUAUAGACUUUGUCUAUAUAUUUUUGCAUGCACUCUGUCACAUUUUUUUGCACUUAAAAAAGUCACUCUUAGUUAGAGCUGGGCUCGAAUAUGAACACAUCCUAGGUCAAAAUGUCUUCACUUUUCUGUUCACAAGUACGAUAUUCACUUUUUUUGGAGAUCUCUGUUUCUAGUUUAGUGUCAUUUCAUUUGUGUGGUGGAGAAUAACAGACUGCAGACGGAUGAUGUCUUUACAGUGGAAACCAGCAACAUUGUGCCUUGCGGUGAUAGUGCCUUUUUGAAAUCUGCAUAUCGUAUCUGAUGCUUAUUGCUAACGAUACAAAACUGUCUUGCAAGAAUUCACACUAAAGACAUUGAAUAUUAUUUUCCAUCAGCAUUUUAAUAGAGGUUUGUUUUAUGCUUGUUUAUUCAGUGAGGUGGUUUGUAAAUCAAAACACCUUUUUUGACAUAAGGACAUGUUGAGUUGCCUGCACAAAGACAUUUUGCAAGUGAACGCCAAACAGACUGCAUCUUGUGUAAGCCUGUUUAAGACUGGAGUCUUGCUUGCAUUGCUGAAGCUGGUGGAGUAAGCAUUAUUUUCUUGUGAUUACAGAAUUGACUGCGUUUUUCGUUAACCAGGUCAAACUAGUAUAACUGACUGUAAGCCGUUUUCCAUAUGGUGCUUCCCCCCGUCCCUUUUCAUUGUUCAGUCUGUGGAUGUUUUUAAUUGCAUUUGGUAAUUGCAUUUUGAUAUCAGCAUUUCUGGGUUGCACAUGCAUGGUGUAGUUUUAGUUUAUGCGGAGGAGGAUACUGCUCAAUGGGUUGUGGGUCCUAGUGGAGGUAAGUGUCAUGUUAUGAUGCUUUGAUUUAAAUACAGGUGACUUGAAAAGAUGAGAGCCAUCCAACUGGUAUUAAUAUGAGUAUAGCGCCACUGUUAGGAAACCAGAAAGCUGUGUUAGAUAUUUGUAUUUCAAAUUGAAAUUACAAGCAAAUUAAUGAUAUGCAGAAUGAAUCAUCAAUAGAGUCUGACUCGUAUAUCUGGCCACAACAUCUUCAUAAUUUCUACUAUUCUGUGUAAAACUUUUUAAAGUAGUUUUAUCUAUGAAAUGACAACGACUUAAACUUUUAAUUAACGUAAUUGGAUAUUUUUAUUUAUUAGUUUCUGCACUUGGUACUACAGUAUAGUUAUCUUAACCUUUUUUUAAAUGUAUCCUGCGCAAAUCUUUUGUGUUUGUGUUCUAUUAUGUUUUGGAAAAAUAAAUCAAUAUUACUGA